AUGGCUUUCAAGUUUGUUGCCUGCUUAGUGGCCGCCGUCAGCGCUGGUAUAAUUCCAGCUGCUUCUGUCACCUACGCUGCGCCAACGUAUCACACCGCUCCCGUGGCAUACUCUACGGCCCCUAUUACUAAGUUUGCCUACAGCAGCCCAGUAGCCUAUCCUGUAGCAAAACUUGCCGCUGAGGAAUACGACGCUCACCCUCAAUACAGUUUUGCUUACGAUGUACAAGACGGACUCACUGGAGACUCUAAGAGCCAGCACGAAACCCGUGACGGCGAUGUCGUCCAAGGCUCGUACUCCGUUGUUGAUCCCGAUGGUACGAAGCGUAUCGUGGACUACACAGCUGACCCCCACAAUGGGUUUAACGCGGUUGUGCGCAAAGAGGCUCUCAGUGUGAAGGUAGCAGCUCCAAUCGUAGCUAAAGUCGCCACACCCGUUGCCUACGCUGCUCCCGUCGCUAAGCUCGCCUCUGUCGUACACACCGCCCCCGUUACCGACGCAGCCGCCCCCGUUGUACAUGCCGCACCUGUGGCUUACUCUGCUCCUUUCUACCAACACUAA